AUGGCGAGAAGCAGCACCGUGGCCAGGAUUCAGACGAGGUUCUCCAGCUUUUCACGAUCUUCUGUAGACCCGGCUAUCUGUACUGUAUUUGCACACCAGUCUUCGGGUAAGAGCAAUGUGCCAAGCGCUUUCUCAACCCUGAGCAGCUACCUCCGGGCCUGGACGAUCCUACCUGCCUCUGGAGCCGCUACUCGAGCGCACGACGACCAGAAGGGUGACGAGGUGGACGGCCAUUCGUUCGCCUCCUCCGCCGCCCGCCACACGUGUCCCCUUUAUCUGCAUCCCGACACACGCCUGAACAGAGCCCCGGUCGCCCUCUUGAUCACCGGACACACCACAGUCCCCCUCUCGCACGUCUACCUGCCUGUUGCUCGGGAUGCAGCCUGGUGGAGUGCAGUGCAGCUGCCGCCUCUCUGGAAGUCCAGACGCCAGCGACCAUGA